AUGAGUUCCACGGAAUGUCCAAUUUUACCCAAAGAUUUUGAGUCUAUCAUAAGGUAAGGUCGUGCUUAUGAUAGUUUUUCAUGUUUUUAGUUUGUUCAAUUAUAAAGAAGCAAGGUUGCAAGCGAUUGGAGAUCAGUUUUUGCAGGUAAUAACAGUCUUGUUGUGAUAUUAUUCGUGUGGGAAGAGCUGGUUGAAGAAAAUAUUGUUUUUGGGCUGUUUAGAAGUUUUUCUACUUAGGAGUUCUUUAGCAAAAAUGUAGAAAAGCUUUUGAAAAAGCGUUUUUUAAAAGUAUUUUUAAAUAAAUAAAGCGAAAAUCUUUAAAAAUUUAAUUUUUAUAUUGCACUAGACACAUAGAACUGAUGGGUGAGCUAAAACUUGAUUUUUGGAAGGGUUUUUGAAAAGUUAAUAACUAGAAACGUAGAUUAACAUAUGAAGAGUAUGUUUUUGAGCUAAUCAAGACUAUAAUUUUUAGUUUUUACUUUCUCGUUGUUAUACUACACUUGAUUGACUAAUCUUCAUAUUUUCAGCAUUUUCAAAAUAAAAAUGCGACGAUGUUGUGCAUGUGUUUGGUGGCGUUAUACGAGGAACAUAGCUUAGUAUCCCAUGUAACUCAACGGUUAACGAUAAGCUACUUGGUUUACAGGUAAGGUUUUCCUUGUUGCUCUUGUUUUAGGUGGUUCAACAUGGAUAGAAGUGUAAAAUACGAGUUCGAUCAUUUUUGAUUUUAAAAUACAGUUUUACGAAAGCUACGUGUUUUUAAAUGUUUUUUUUUGGUUUAGUUUAGAAAAUAGAAGUUUAUAAUCUUCUAAAAUAAUACCACACUAAUGAUAAUAUAAUAACUACUUUAAAUCUAACUGAUUUCAACUUUUUAGGUUAAAAGACAUGUGGAAGCGGGAAGUAAGCGAGAAGUCCGGGAUAUUUUCUCAUCCGUAUCUGGUUAUUUUGUUCAAAAUGUAUUGGAAUCAUGUGUCUCCACCUGGAAUGGAUCACAACGAUAGGAGCUUGAUUCAUUUACUGAGUAAAUUUCCAAAAAUCACAGCACAAGAAGGUCAUUUUGUUGGGAGGUUAUUGACGGAGAGCCCAUCGUCAUUAAGUGAUCUUUUUGAGCAAAGUCCGUUGGGUAUUGCUGACAAUGCGGUUACUGAACAGGUGAGAUAAAUGAUGUUGGUAUAGGUUUUUUUGGAUAGGUAGGGGGAGCACUUUGCUUGUCAUUGUUGGAGAGGUUAAUAGGCUAUAGUUUUACAAAAGCUUAUAGGUAUAUCUGUUUUUUGAAAUAAGUUAUGAGCUAAAAUGUGGAGUUGUAUGUUCUCUAUUAUAAUAUAGCUGUUUUGUCGGAAGUUUAGUUUUUUUGCCUAAAACAACAUAAAUGGUCAUUCCCAGUUUUUGAAAUUACAUUUUCAGCCAUGUAACAUCAUGCCGAUCAAGACUUUUGUUGAAGAACAGCUACAUCAAUUCCGUUGCUUUAGUGGGACACCACGGUCAGCCAAUGCCGACUCUCGAGUUCUAAGCUCAUUCUCUCUCCUUAACAACCCAUUACUCUUCAAUGAGCUAGAAAAAGUUGUCUAUAGUUUAGUACCGCCAAACAGAAUUCCAUCAUCAAGCUACAGCCCUCCACGAUAUAAUGGGAUCGCAUCGUCAUAUCAACAGAAGCUGGAGCAGACUGUGGGGUCAAGUCGACCCGAAAUUGGUCAGAACCCGCCGCCAAGAUCAGAAAUUGGCCCAGUUCAAGGUCUUCACAGGUCGGAUUCAGGAGGCUCACAGAAUACUGUAGAUAGUGGUCCAUUAAGGAAUGGCAGUAUGCUAGGGCAACUUAUGAAUGGAGGUAAUGGUGGGAGUGGCAUAAACGGUGGAAAUGGCGUAAACGAACGUUUGGCUAAUACAAGAACAGAUGAUGACAAAACAAUUGCAAUGCAGUUCUUCAAAAGAGUCACAUCAGGUCAAUCACUACAUAAAACUGAACUUCAGAAGCUGAUGACGAUCCUAGAGGAAGAUGCAGAUAUAUGGAGGGAAACUGACUUUGAUGUACCACAAUUCGCAAAAAUGAUCGAACUUCAUCCAGAGUUGGCAUCAGAAUGCUUGCUUCAAGAGCAUUUGAGGGAAUCACCUUUGUUAACGAAGUAAGGCGCGGUAAAGGGGAUGGGGUAGAGAAACAUUUUUAAAAAUAAACAAAAUUUUUUUGCACGGUGAGAAAUCAUGAUAACGGUAAGGUUUGCCAAGCUCAAUCCAAAUUUUCAGGCACUUAAACGUCGUCCUAACUAUGGAAAUCUCGGUCCAGACUAUGAUAUCAGUCAGUCGAUUCAUGUGCCAAUGUGAUAAACAAAACCUGCCAAUCCCAACCGACUUCUUAAACGCAUACAUAACAUAUUGCAUAGACACGUGCCAACGUGCGUCGCAAAACAAUCCAUCGGCCGCGCAUAGAAUUGUGAGAAUGGUCUGUGUCUUCUUUCAGGCUUUGUUGAGGCUCAACAACUUUAACAUCAAGGUAAAGGCAAAAAAUGAGGAAUAGGGGGUGAUUCAAGAGGAUUAGGGGGUGAUUUUGAGGUGGAUAUGAUGGAGAAGAUAAUGGUUUUUAAAUUGGAGUUGGAGAAAAUGAGGUUUUUUGAGUUAAAACUGCAGAAUUUUCAAAAUUAUGUUGUGGUAGGUAUCAAAAUGGGGAAUGUCUAAUCUUUUUUGAUCAUAACUUUUUGAAAAAUUAGGUCGAUGGUUGAAACUUGGUAUUAUAGUAACUUAUUAUAUUAGCCAUAACCUAAAAAAGAAAAUUUUAAAAUUCCAAAACAUUUUGAUGUUACAGUAAUUUUACCGUGAUCACUUAGCGUUUUUCCAAAUAUACAAAUGAAAAUUGAAGAACGUAUUUUACAUUAAAAAAAAAAACUUUUCAGCCCCGCAUUGCCGAGAUCUUCAACUUUGCUACCCUGUUCUCGUCAGUCAAGGAGACCACACAGCUUUACCAGGCCAUAACACAACUCAAAAACGCCGCGACACAUUGA